CUCCCUUCUCCUGCAAUCCCGACCCUCACUUCCCCGGCGAGAACACCCUUGUCUUAUCCGGUGUGCCGACCCUAAAAUAUCUCACUUUCCGGUGAGCCCACCCCCGAUUACUCUCUUCUCAGGCGAGCCAAUCCCCAAACCCUCUCUUCAUCGGUUAGCUCAACCAAAUCCAUAAUUUUCCCGGCUAUCCCAACUCCACCCAUCUCUCCUCCGGUGACCUCAACUACCCUUACUCCUCUGUUCGCCGGCGAGUCCACCGUCAUCCCUCUUUUUGACGGCAACCCCACCUGGUCCUCUUCGACAAUGAUCCCACUCCAUUCCUUUCGAUGGGGUUGGUGUUGGGGUGUACAGAGAAGAGCAAAGGCUUGAGGGUGAGGAGAAGAUAGGUGUUUGGUUACAAGGAUAACAAAUGUUUGGGGAAUUUUAGAUUAGACAGGUGGACUUUUUUCAUUGGGCUACAUUAUAAAUUCAGUAAAUUGGGUACUCUCCAGUGAGUACCCAAGUAUUGUCCUUUUUUUAUUACUUUGAAGCGUUUCGCACUCGGAACAUAACAAAGUAUUUUUCUCGUUUCUUUGCUUACGUAUAAACCGAGUUUCUUUAUUUCUAUGAAGACUCCGCAGGGUAAGAAUUCCCAUACAGAGAUCCAAGUGGGACAUUAUUUUUUUCAUCUCAGUCAAGUCAACUCUUUGAAAAUAUCCAAGUGUGCCGGUGAUAUUAAUUUCGUUCUUUCCUCCCAGAAAGUUGAGAGUUUCUUUUUUUCUUCUUCCGUGACAUACGAGCUAGCUCAUCUCUGUUUGGAAAUGGCGGGCGCUUCUUUCGCACCGGCCGGCGUGGCCAAGGAGAGAGCAGAGCAGUACCAAGGGAGGCUAACCCUUUAUGUCAUCGUUGCCUGCAUAGUUGCCGCCGUUGGCGGCUCGCUUUUCGGUUAUGAUAUCGGAAUUUCAGGCGGGGUUACGUCAAUGGAUGGAUUUCUUAAGAAAUUCUUCAAGACAGUGUACAAGAACAAAACGCAUGCCCGGGAAAACAACUACUGCAAGUAUGAUAACCAGGGUCUUGCAGCGUUUACCUCUUCGCUGUACCUUGCGGGUUUAGUUGCAUCUUUAGUGGCUUCUCCGGUCACAAGAAAUUAUGGACGCCGAGGAAGUAUAAUCUGUGGCGGAAUCAGUUUCCUCGUUGGAGCAACUCUAAACGCUUCAGCAGCGAAUUUGGCCAUGCUUAUCUUAGGUCGGAUCAUGCUUGGUGUUGGUAUCGGAUUUGGAAAUCAGGCUAUUCCGCUAUAUCUAUCAGAAAUGGCGCCAACGCAUCUUCGAGGAGCCUUAAACAUGAUGUUUCAGUUAGCAACUACGCUUGGGAUCUUCACGGCAAACAUGGUAAACUACGGAACUCAAAAGCUCGAACCAUGGGGGUGGAGGCUCUCGCUAGGGCUGGCUCUAGUGCCGGCUGCAGUAAUGACAGUUGGAGGAAUAUGUCUGCCCGAGACACCAAAUAGCUUGAUUGAACGAGGAUGUAAAGACGAAGGAAGAAAAAUUUUGGAGAGAAUCAGAGGAACCAAAAACGUCAGUGCAGAGUUCCAGGACAUGUUGGAUGCAAGUGAGUUUGCCAGUGCAAUAAAGCACCCGUUCAGAAACGUCCUCGAGCGAAGGAACAGGCCUCAGCUCGUUAUGGCAAUCUUCAUGCCGACAUUCCAGAUCCUCACGGGGAUAAAUUCGAUUCUGUUCUACGCUCCCGUGUUGUUUCAAAGUAUGGGGUUCGGGGGAAAUGCUGCUUUGUACUCAUCUGCUUUAACCGGAGCGGUUCUUGUUACGUCUACACUGCUAUCUAUCGCAGCAGUUGACAAGCUGGGACGAAGAGUUCUGCUCAUUACUGGUGGAAUACAAAUGAUUGUAUGCCAGGUCAUAGUCGCAGUAAUCUUGGGGACCAAGUUAGGGGACAAUCAAGAACUAUCUAAAGGAUUCUCAGUACUGGUGGUGGCGGUGAUUUGCCUCUUCGUGAUAGCAUUCGGAUAUUCAUGGGGUCCCCUCGGCUGGACAGUGCCAAGCGAGAUAUUCCCGCUAGAAACUCGAUCAGCUGGACAAAGCAUUACGGUGUCAGUGAACCUUCUGUUCACUUUCAUCAUCGCGCAGUCGUUUCUCUCCCUCCUGUGCGCGCUCAAAUUCGGUAUCUUUCUCUUCUUUGCGGGGUGGAUUACUAUCAUGACCGUGUUUGUUUACCUGUUCCUGCCCGAAACCAAGGGAAUUCCGAUCGAAGAGAUGAUACUGAUGUGGAGAAAGCACUGGUUCUGGAAGAGGAUAAUGCCUGAAGAAUACCUUGAAGCUGAUGACUCUGUUGGUGUUAGGCAAAACAAUUCAACAGUUUAACAUGUAUUAAAGAGUAUAGUGGAUGUCAAUCAAGCAGAUGACCUUUACUACAAUACAGUUCCAAAAUAUAUUGAGCAGAGUAGCCAACUGGCCUAUUUUCCAUAAAUCAAUCUAUGUUAUCCACACGUUUCUUUUAUCA